AUGGCCAAGAGUGGGAAGAGCCCCAAGGGCAAGAAGAUCACCCUCAAUGUGGCCAAGAAUUGUAUCAAAAUUACGUUUGAUGGGAGAAAACGCCUCGACUUGAGCAAGAUGGGAAUCACCACCUUCCCAAAGUGUAUUCUGAAACUCAAUGACAUAGAUGAGCUCGAUCUUAGCCGGAAUAUGCUCAAGAGGAUCCCUGAUUCAAUCUCCAAGUUCCAGAGCCUACGGUGGCUGGACCUGCACAGCAACUACAUCGACAAGCUCCCUGAGUCCAUCGGCCAAAUGACUAGUCUGCUGUUCCUUAAUGCCAGCAACAACAGGCUGACCACCAACGGGCUGCCCGUGGAACUCAACCAGCUUAAGAAUAUCCGCACCGUGAAUUUAGGCCUGAACCACCUGGACAGUGUGCCCACCACACUGGGUGCUCUGAAGGAGCUCCAUGAGGUCGGGCUCCAUGACAACCUGCUCAGCGCCAUCCCCACCAGCAUCUCCAAGCUCCCCAAGCUGAAGAAGCUCAACACCAAGCGAAACCCCUUCCUCCAGCCAGAGGAGACGGAUGUCUUCUUAGAUAACAUCAAGAGGCUGGAUAACUUAUAUCUGGUGGACGCAAAGGAUCUGUGUGGGAAUUGCCUGAAAAAAUGCCAACAGGCCCGAGAGAAGCUGAACAAAAUCAAGAGCCUAGUCCCGGGGACACCGAAAAAGGCCGCCUUCACCAAUUUAAUCGCGCCCAACUCCACGGCCAAGGAGUCCCAGGAAGAAUGGAGGUGA